GCCAACAGCUGUCAGGAUUUUACACACACACACACAUUUGCAAAAGGCAGGACCAUAGGAGAAGGACAGGUUUGUUAUACACACACACACACACCUACAUUUUCUCUCACACCCUGCAAUCAUGAAAGUGCUGACUGCUCUGAUCGCUGUCUCGCUCCUCCUGAGCCUCUCUGAUGUCGUAUCAUCAGAUGAAGGGUCGCAGCCCAGAGAGGCCGAGUGUGAAAAUUAUCCCACUUUAACGUGCACCCGUGAGUUCGACCCCGUGUGCGGUGACGACGGAGAGACCUACUCGACCGAGUGUGUCCUCUGUGCGGAAAAUAAAAAACGGAACCAGCACGUGAAGGUGAUGCACAAGGGAAAGUGCGAAAGUUCUUAAGUCUUCCACACAGAAGAAGAAGAAGACCAGGAGUUUUAACCAGAAGACACUGUUUGCUGAUCAUAACAGCUCAAAAAAAACUACAACUGUAAUUUCAUUCCAAUUGUCGAAGUCUAAAUUGUAGACGAUUAAACGAUCGAAAGCA